GAGUAGGCGGGGAGGAGGAGGACGGGGAGGAAGAGGAAGAGGAGGGCGGAGGCGGAGAGGGAGAGGGCGAGGGCGAAGUGGGAGUCGAGGUGGCCGGAGCAGAAGGAGGAGGCGGUGCGGGCUUGGGCGUCGGGGCCUUGGACGAGGUGGACGGAGGAGGCGUAGCUCCCCGGGGGGUCGAGGACGAUGGCAUGAUGGCGAUGAGCCAAGAGGAAGAGAUUGUAGGAGGCGGAGCGGUAGCUGCAGGCGUCGGGGUCGGGGUGGUGGUGGCAUCGGCAGGAGGAGGAGGAGUUGCUCCCGGGCCUCCUUCUGCUGGCGCCGGAGGGAACAACAUCAACAGCAACAACAGCAGCAAGCGCGCGAGGUCGGACGCUGCGGAAUGGAGCGAGGCGGCCAUCACCGCGCUUCUGGAUGCCUUUGGGGCUCGCUACAUCGCCUCGCACCGUGGGAACCUGCGCGGCAAGGAUUGGGCCGAUGUCACGCGCGCCGUCAAUGCCCGGGGCGUCACCGGCAACAAAAGCGUCGAGCAAUGUCGCAACAAGAUCGAUAACUUGAAAAAACGAUUCAAGCUGGAGCGCGAAAAGGGCACCCCGUCUGCAUGGCCCUGGUUCCGCACUCUGGACGCCAUUGUCGGUCGCGCUCCCAAGCGGGCGGGCAUUCCCGGGGGCAUCGACGGGGGCCACCGCUCGGACCCCGACAUCAAACUCUCGUUGCCGACCGACGUUCUCCUGCCUCCCCCCCAACCCCCUCCUCCCCCUCACCCCCCUCCAAUGCUUGCCUUGCAAGCCGUGGCUCCGGUCCCAGACGACAGUGAUCCCGACAACGUCGCAGAAACGCCAUAUUCGAGCCAGCGCGAUAGUCACACGGACUUCCCCACCUUCAAGGGGACCGGGAAGGAUGUCAUGUCGGAGAUGACCAAUCCCAACCCGAAGGCGAACAGCAAUGCGGUGCCCAAUGGACCUGGGAAACUGAAUCGCAAGAAACGGAAGAACGUUUGCCAAGCGGGGAAAGAUGUAGCUGCGAGCAUUGCCAGCUUCGCCGAAGUUUUCGCGAAGAUUGAAUUCGCGAAGAUGGAAUUGUUCAAGGACAUGGAGCUCAGGCGGCUCGAGAUGCAGUAUAAGCUCGCCAAAUUGGCUCACACCAGCAAGAAAGGACGAACAAACUCUGUAUCUUCGAAUUCCGAAUGACCGAGGUGAGGGGAGCCGGCCUAGCUGUCAUGAGAAGUAGGUUCCAGUUCCUGCGUGGGUCGAAUUCAAGUUGGCAAGUCUCUGCAGUUUAAGUUACGGAGCGACAAGGUCCUCCCUCCCGUGUCUGACUUGUUUGAAUUCGGUGAGCCGCUGUGGCACGGCCGAUUGCCCGCGGUUGCAGCUUCAUCUGGUCGCAGAUUCUCUGCUCAAAGUCACCUGCGGUUCAUCGGUUUUUGUGUUCCUGAUCCCAGUUUCCUUUCCUCGUACUUCAGGACAGUCCAUGAAGACUUGAUGUCAUGCGCAGGCCGAAGAAGAUGUUUCUAGCCUCCUGUCUAAAAUCUUUUGCAGAGAGCGCUCUGAUUAUCAUCUGUCUUGGCCGAUGAAAGUUGCGGAGUAAGUGCCGAAAAGUGAGGAAGGGCGGGUUAAAGCACGACAGCAAAUAAGGCACCAUACGCUCGAUGCAAUUGCACGGUCUCUACAACGCUGAUAACCACUGCUGUUCUCAUGGUGUGGGCCUAGAGUCGCAAGUCGUGUAGUUUCGGGAGCGGCGAAUGUAUUGUUGAAGUGAGGAGUCAUUACCCCUUAAGUCCGGGUAGUUAGCUGUAUGAGCCAGUAAGUAGCUCAUGUCAUGGAGGAAGCUCUGAGGUUUACGGCUCUGGACCAUGCCCGGCAUCGGGGGCUCUGCUGUUACCCCUUGCGCACCCCAUGAGCCCAAGGUCCAACUCGUGAAUCAGUUGAGGCUUCUAGCAGACCAGCAGGCAGAAAAUGUUGAAGGAUUUGCUUGCGAAGCUCUUGAGCUAGAGUGCACAUCCUGUGCAUGGAUUGCAUAAAUCUGCACUCAGAAUUACUGACGAAUUUAGGAGAAGGUUGAAGUUGAGAAAACCCUAAAAAGAUUCUAACGAGGCAGACGAAUACGAACUCGUUGAUGCCCACACUUGUUCUUGGAAAGUUGUAUACUAGAUUUUUGAAUUGUUGUAACAUUUUGGUACAAAUACUUUGUUGU